AUGGAGCUGCAAGUGGCCUGCAGCAUGUGCUUUGUGGCCGGCACCCUGCACACAGCCUUGGUGCCCUCCAUGCCCGGCCCAAUUGGGCCCUGGCAGCUGUGGGCAGGUGCCAUGCAGUCCUGUGCACAGACAGCUGUGCUCAAAGUGCAUACAUUCACAGAGAAACAUGAACGGAUAAUAACACAAAGUGGUAUUGGAACAGUAGGAAUCAGCAACUCUGCAAAGGAAGCUUUGGGAGAUGUUGUUUAUUGUAGUCUGUCUGAAGUUGGGACAAAAUUGAAAAAGCAAGAUGAGUUUGGUGCUUUGGAAAGCAUGAAAGCUGCCAGUGAACUCUAUACUCCUCUGUCAGGAGAAGUAGCUGAAAUUAAUGAAGCACUUGCAGAAAAUCUAGGGCUUGUCAACAAAUCUUGCUGUGAAGAUGGCUGGCUGACCAAGAUGACAGUGAGUGACCCUUCAGAACUAGAUGAUCUCAUGAGUGAAGAAGCAUAAGUGAAAUACGUGAAAUUGACUGAGGAGUGA